CAAAGGAGAACGUACUAGUGCGUCCAACGGCGUUUGAGAUUCAUCGAUCAAAAGACAUUAUAGCAAUUUGUGUUAGCUGCUGACAUCUUUUUCCCGAUAGUCGUCAGGAUACGGCUAACCUUCGAUAAAAAAAAAAAAAAAAAAAAAAAAAAAAAAAAAAAAAAAAAAAAAAAAAAAAGAACACAUCCUGGAGCCCCCUUGAACGCCCAUCAGUUACUAGAGUCAAUUGUAAACAGCCAACCAACGGUUUGGUUAUCACAGCCACACCCGUGGAGGCAAGAUUUCCUGUCUCGACCUGGCGCUCAGCAGUGUUCAAGAAAAAAAGUGCCACACCAUUCAGUGAAAACUUGCUCAGGGUCUCAAUCAGUCUAGAAAGAACCUGGGAACAAUAAGUUAAUUCACCCAGACGUUUAGUUAGUGAAUUUUACUUUACUGUUUGAAUAAUUUAUUUUUGAAGGAGAUUGGAAACAGAACCAUGACGAAACUACUGCAGCUUCUUUUGACACUCGUGAUCUCUGCAUCUGCUCGGUCAGCUGACCAAAUCAAGAUGUCGAAUGAAAAUAAAACUGUAACCUUCGAUUUACCAACAAAGAGUUCAACUUAUCUAGGAUAUUUGGCCGACGAAGAAGAUGCCUCCUUCACCUUCGAAGUUGAAGGAUUCGAUUUGGAACGGGGAAAAGAAAAAUCCGCCACAAAAUCCCACCAGUCAUUCGAAGCAAAAAUAUGGCAUUUAAUGCAGAUUUGGAUAACAACUAAAGAGAACGAGAAAUCAACAGUGCUCAUCUAUCCAAACACCACUUAUCACAUAAGUGGAGAUGAGCAACCCCGAAACAUCAAAAUCAACAGCAACAAAAGAGUCUACUGGACACAAUGCAACAACUAUCACAGCUGCUAUUUCUCUGGGUCAGUUCUCAACGCACCAGACUUCCGAGGAGAUUCGUCCAUGAGCUCGACAACGUUGAUUUUGAUAAUCGUCUGCGGGUUGCAGGGCGUGGCUGUCAUAGGGCUGGUUACUCUUGUUGUGGUACUACUCAUCCGAGGGAAGAAGAAGACGAUGCCUCAAGAACCUGAAGCGAACGUGACAGAAGAGGCCGUCUACGAGGAAGUCAGUCUGUCGGGAACACUUGGUAACUUUCACAGAGGGGCACAAGAGGACCACGAGAGCAUCAACAGCCUCUAUGGGUAUACGACUCAAAGAGGCGGGUGAGACAGAGAGCAGGACCUCGGUCAGGGGAGAAUUGUUUGUGCUCGAAACCUUGUGUUCAAGUCUACUGAGGUUCUAGGUAGUGGCGGAUCUAGAAAUCUUUCAUUUGAGGGUGGGUGGGCCCCACUUGGGAUUAUCAUAUGUGUAUAUAUAGCUAUAUAUAUUAUUUGCACAUAUUGUACAUAUCAACAUUUAUAUAUGUAUACGCACAUAUACACACAAUAGUAGUAGUUGUUAUUGUUUUUGUUGUUGUACAGUUGUUGAAAUAAGCAUUAACUAAGCAAAUUUUGCUACUAAUAGUGAUUUAUUGAAAGAAAACAAUGUUUUACUACUCAUAUCCAAAAGGGGGUAGGGGUCGUCGAGAGGGGGACACAUGACCAGGUCCCACCACCUUAAAUCCGCCAUUGUUCGUAGUUCGCUCAGACAAGAUGAAAGUUGUGAAUUGCAUUUGCUGACAUAACUGCAAACAGUGAAUGAGAAAAUGAAACAAAAUUAUCUCUAAAACCCCAGAAAUAAAUAUAAUCUACUGAGCAAAAUUUUAGCUCCUGUUCACAGAGAUGAUUCUCUGAUAAUAUAUAUAUAUAUAUAUAUAUAUAUAUAU